AUGUCAUAUGAUAUGGAAGCUCUAAGGCAUGAACAUAAUUCUUUGCUUCAGAAACUAACUGAUGAACAGUUACUCAUCUAUAAUAAGGUGGUUGCAGACGUCCAGACCGAGAUGGGUGACAUGUAUUUCGUUUAUGGUUAUGGUGGUACAGGCAACACUUUUUUGUGGAAGACACUUUCAACGGCUCUAAGGUCCAAAGGUGAAGUCGUAUUAAAUGUUGCAUCAAGCGGUAUAGCUUCAUUACUUCUACCUGGUGGAAGGACUGCACACUCCAGAUUUGCUAUACCAAUUUCUGUUAAUGAAGAUUCCACUUGCAACAUUAAGCAGGGCAGUCCACUGGCUGAAUUGAUCAUCAAAGCCAAACUGAUAAUUUGGGAUGAAAAUCCGAUGAUGCAAAAACAUUGUUUUGAAGCAUUGGACAGGACAAUGAGAGAUUUAAUGCGUUUCACAAAUCCUAGGAGCUCAACGAUGACUUUUGGAGACAAAACAGUUGUUUUGGGUGGAGACUUUAGACAAAUUCUUCCAGUUAUUCCAAAAGGUACUGGACAAGAUAUAGUACAAGCCAGUAUUAAUUCUUCUUACUUGUGGAAUAAUUGUGAAGUUCUUCGUUUAACGAAGAAUUUAAGAUUGCGAAGUAUUAGUAAUGAAGAUGAGGUUGAGAAGUUAGAUAGUUUUGCCAAGUGGAUUGCAGAUGUAGGUGAUGGAAAUCUUGGGGAAGACAAUGAUGUUGAUUGCAAUAUAUUGAUUCCUUAA